CCCCCCCCGCGCCCCCCGGGGCCCCAACUGCAGCUCCAACUUCCUGUGAUCCUUCCCGAAAAACCCAUUUCCCACAAUGGAAACAGCCAGAUCCCCCAGCCGCCUCCUCCGCCGCCUCUGCAACCUCUUCGGCCUCAUCGCCGCCCCGUUCCUCUCCCUCCUCCCCUUCCCACCGCGGCGCCUCCCCAGCUUCGUCGCCGUACGGGAGGCCCUCCUACACCACGCCUUUCUCCGCCGCGGCCUCGUCCCCCGCACCGUCGCCGUCGGCCCCACCGCCGCCUCCCUUCACUUCUGGAUCCCCGCCGCCCGCCGCCCCGGCCGCCUCCCUCUCGUCCUCGUCCAUGGUUUCGGCGGCAACGCCAAGUGGCAGUGGGAGCGCCAGAUCGGGCCGCUCUCCCGCUUUUUCGACCUCUAUGUCCCCGAUCUGGUCUUCUUCGGCCGAUCCCGAUCGGAUGGCGAGGAUCGGUCUGUGGGGUUCCAGGCGCGGUGCGUGGUGGAGGGGAUGCAGCGGCUCGGGGUGGAGCAGUACGCGGUGGUGGGGAUCAGCUACGGCGGGUUCGUGGCGUUCCGGAUGGCGGUGAUGGCGGCGGAGGCGGUGGAGCGUGUGGUGAUCCUCACCGCCGGGAUCUGCUCCGCCGAGAAGCGACGGGAGCUCGUGGGGAGAGAGGGGAGGGACGUAAGCGAGAUCCUGAUCCCCCAACGCGCCGAAGAUCUGGUCAUCCUUCUCCGGCGGUCAAUGUACCGCCCGCCCCGCUGGAUCCCCGCCUUCUUGCUACGCGAUUUCAUCGAGGUGAUGUACAAAGAUUGGAGAAAGGAGAGGGUGGAGCUGCUGAAAGAACUACUUCAGAAGGGGGUUGAUGUGGAGCCCCUUCCAGUUCUUAAACAGGAAACUCUUAUUCUAUGGGGUGACCAGGAUAAAGUCUUUCCCCUCCCUCUCGCAUUUCAUUUACAAAGCAUGGGCUCUUUCUGCAGCAGACAAAAACCUUACAACGAGGCUGAUACUGAAGAAAAUGAACAGGAUGCAGAAAUUGAGAGGCGAAUUGCUCGAGAAACAAAGGCUGAGCAACAUAUCCAUAAACUUCUACUCCUUGGUGCGGGAGAAUCAGGAAAAUCUACAAUUUUUAAGCAGAUAAAACUACUCUUUCAAACUGGCUUUGAUGAGGCGGAACUUAGAAGUUAUACAUCAGUGAUCCACGCUAAUGUGUAUCAGACAAUUAAAAUAUUAUAUGAUGGAGCAAAGGAAUUGGCACAAAAUGAAUCAGAUUCUUCGAAGUAUGUUGUAUCCCUUGACAAUAAGGAUCUUGGAGAAAAACUUUCUGAAAUUGGAAGUAGGUUGGAUUAUCCAUAUCUUACUAAAGAGAUUACAAACGAGAUAAAAACUUUAUGGAAUGAUGCUGCUAUUCAGGAAACUUAUGCUCGUGGAAAUAUACUACAAGUUCCUGAUUGUGCUCAAUAUUUCAUGGAGAAUUUGGAACGAUUAUCUGAAGCAGAUUAUGUUCCAACAAAGGAGGAUGUUCUUUAUGCCAGAGUGCGAACAACAGGAGUUGUAGAGAUCCAAUUCAGCCCUGUAGGAGAGAGUAGAAAAAGUGGUGAAGUUUAUAGGCUAUAUGAUGUUGGAGGCCAGAGAAAUGAGAGGAGAAAAUGGAUCCAUCUGUUUGAAGGUGUCACGGCGGUCAUUUUCUGUGCUGCAAUUAGCGAGUACGAUCAGAUGCUUUUUGAGGAUGAGACGAAGAAUCGGAUGAUGGAGACCAAGGAACUCUUUGACUGGGUCCUGAAGCAAUCAUGCUUUGAGAACACAUCGUUCAUGUUAUUCCUAAACAAGUUCGAUAUAUUUGAGAAGAAAGUUCAAAAAGUCCCCUUGAACAUUUGUGAGUGGUUCAGGGAUUAUCAGCCCAUGGCAUCAGGAAAGCAAGAAGUGGAACAUGCAUACGAGUUUGUGAAGAAGAAAUUUGAGGAACUUUACUUUCAAAGUACCAAACCGGAACGUGUGGACCGUGUCUUCAAGAUCUACAGGACAACUGCCUUGGAUCAGAAACUUGUAAAGAAAACUUUCAAGCUGGUUGACGAGACCUUGAGGAGGAGGAAUCUCAUUGAGGCUGGCUUGUUGUGAGCGCUACUUCUUUCCAAACAUAUAAUGAGCUGAUCGGGAAUUUUGCUCCCUAUUUGUAUUUCUUUUGCCUGAAAUGAACUUCUUCGUCUAUCUUCCACCGGUAAAGAAAAUUGAAGCCUUGUAUCAAAAAAGGAAAAUUGAAGCCUUUGCAUCUGUUUGUUGCCAUUAGAUUUAUUGUUCAAUUUACUUGCAGAUCCGUGAUUUGGUUAUACUUGAAUGUACAUCAUUUUUCCCCCUCUUUUUUAUUUUCCUGAUGUCAGGGUUCUUAGACAUGAAUUUGUACUCGAACAGAGCCUGGAUCUCUUAGUCGUUCUCUGAUUAUAGUUUCCUCAAUAUACGUAUGUUCUCAAAUUGU